AUGCAUUACCAAACGAAUUCUUAUUUAAAACUCAUUCAACGAUUGGCGCCCAAGAAUGCGGUGGUGAUAUUCAGCAAAAGUACAUGCUGCUUGUGUCAUGCCAUGAAGAAGCUCUUCUCCGGCAUGGGAGUGAACGCUACUGUUUACGAGCUGGACGAAGAUCCCAGAGGAAAAGAAAUGGAGAAGGCUCUCGUUUGGUUACCGGGUGUACCGGUGCCGGUGCCGGUGCUGGUGGUGUUCAUUUGUGGCAAACUGGUGGGUGCUGUGGACAAAGUCAUGACCUCUCACAUCAAUGGCACCCUUGUGCCUCUCUUGAAAGAGGCUGGUGCUAUCUCGCUUUGA